GAUAAGAUUUUGCUGCACCUUUGUGUUGUAGCGGUUGUUGAACAUGUUGUCUCCUGUAGUGAGUCACUGUCUUUUAAUCUUCAGCUCAGGAGCUUCCUCUGGUGUCACUUCUUCAAACUGCAGCCAGACAGUUUCUUUUCAUCCUCUGGGCCACUGUGCUACACUUCCGGUCCAGUAGAUGGGGGUAAAGAGCUCUUUAUAACAGUUUUACCAAACGCUAGAAGAAGAAUCUGUAAAGAGGAAGUGUGAGUUUUAAUGUUUCUGUUUUUAAACUUGUCUGUUUUCUAUAAAGAGGAAGAGGAGAAGAAGAAAUCAGUUUAUUGUCACUUGGUAACUUGAUGCUGUUUUCAAGCUUCAUCCUCAGAAGAAUGUCCUCCGCUCCCUCCCUUCAUGUCCUCUGGGAGUCUGAGGGGCUGGUGGCCUACCUCCACCCACGGCCCUGGACCCCGGGCUCCGUUAUCCUGGAGAGCCUGACUCCCGGCAGCCCUGGAGGAAGCAUCUUCCACCUGCAGGAGCCGGAGUACCUGUCCUGGCUGCUGGGAGUGAGAGCCGUGUCCCAGCUGCUGUGUGAGAGGUUGGGGGUUCGUAGGUGUGCGCUGGUCAGCAGACCCCACAGAGACAGGCCUGCCCAGAUUUGUGUCCUCCCCUUACAUGGUCUGGAUGACGAGUGGCGCCCUCACCUGGCCGGAGAGGAGGAGCACAACGCCCAGGACCCGGGCUACUGCACGUCUAAGACAGCCCCCAGGUGGACCGACUCCAGCCUUACUGAAAUCCAAACCAAGAUUCGAGCCAAACUCCCGUCUCCGGACGCCCCCCCCAAUCUGACCUUCCUCGGGGCCGACCCGGCUCACCCCGGGCUGUUCUCGCGCAUCGUGCGUGGGGAGGAGCAGCAGUGGCGCGUGUGGGAGGACGAGGGUCAUGUGGCCUUCCUCACGCCUUUCCCCAACUCCCCUGGACUCACUGUGCUGGUCCCACGCCGACCUUUGACCUCUGAUAUAUUCAGAUUAGAAAAAACGGAUUAUGAAGGAUUGGUGCUGGCGACUCAGAAGGUGUCCCGACUUCUGGAGGAGGGGCUGGGUGCCUCUGGGGUGGGGCUUAUUUUCGAGGGUUUUGAGAUUGACUAUGCACAUGCCAAGUUGAUGCCACUGUUUUCCCCUCCAUCAUCAAUGGCAGCAGGUGACCUCACUGAACCUAGAACGCCCCAGUUCUACCCCACAUACCCUGGGUACGUGAGCUCAGAGGACGGACCUGAAGCCAGCCUGGAAGGUCUGAAGGAGAUGCACAGCAAAAUGACUCGGGAUUAAAACGAUUCCUACUCAUGUACCCCCGUGAAACAGUCUGUUCAGUUGUUUUUGUGUUAUUUUUAUUAAAAAGAAACAAACAAAGGGUGAAAACUUAACCUUCUUGGUGGAGGCCAAGUCACAAAGUUAAUUCUUAACUUCAAAUCUUUUCAACAACGUGUGCAGCAAGUUUCUUAUCAGAAUAAAUAUGCUGUUUAUCUGUGUUCUUUACCUAUUAAAGUGUGUUGUGUAUUUA